CUUGCACUGCUUCUGACAACUUCUCUUCUCUCCUGUACUCCUAAAACCUCUGAUUUGUGUCCUCUGCUUUCUUGCUGCCAUGGAGAAGGUCCAACACAUAACUCGCUCUGCUCUGAGGAGAGCCUCAACUAUUGAGGUCAACCCACAAGCACGCCAAAGGCUCCAAGAGCUCUUUGUGAAUUUCUGCCUUAUUUUAAUUUGCCUCUUGCUGAUCUGUAUCAUUGUGAUGCUCCUCUGAAGUUCCAGCACCUCUCUGCGCUAUCCUCUAGGAAAGUCACCCCAGAGGGAAGAGAGACCUACACCUGCAACUCCCAAUGCAAGGAUCCUCUUGUGAGAGAGGCUAGCCCUUGGACUAGAGCUGUAUGCCAACCAUCGCACUACCCUCUUACUACCUGCUACACGUAUUAUAAACACUUGGGCUGUGCACAACAGUGCUUAGAGCCUGUUGUUACAAAGCUGUGCAUGACCUUAUUUGUCUGUCUGAAUCAAGAAAGGUUUUUUUCUGAAUGGGGUAUAAAGUACUGGCUCUUCAUGGAGUUGGUAAGAUCCAAAAUGUUUUAGCUACAUCACUAAGAGCAACUUCACUGUCGAGGAGCCUGAUCGUUGUUAGGUUUCUCUGACAAUUCUUAAGCCCUUGGAGGGCUUCCAAAUUUGGCCAGGGUCUGCCCAAAGAAGAGCCACCAGGCACACAGCCCUCAACAUGUCCUAGGAAAGUUUGUGCUCUGCUUACUUCAAGGUGCUGCAUCUCAGCUGAAGGCAUUCAAAUGGUUUCAGUGUUUUUUAAGGGAAAAACAAGAAUAAACUAAAAAUCUCUUCCAACCCUGAAAUAAAAACUAUUUAAUGCUUUUCUCCCUAUUUAAGGGAUCUUUUAUAUACACAUACACACACUCACAAGUAUGUGCACCCACACAAAAAAGGCAAAUUAACUUGCAGUAUUUUUCACUAGGUACACCCUUACAGAACUGAGUGACAUCAAGAGAGCAUUUUCACUCUGUUUCACAGA